CCUGCAACAAAACGAAACCAAUUCCCCAACAAGCAAUCAAGGGACCGACGGCUUCAAAAGACAUGUAAAAAGCAAAAAAAGAGAGCAAAACAGUCAAUGGCACUACAAUCAGUUAAAGAUACGGCUGUGUGAUGCAACCAAGAAAAUAAAAGGAGAGAAUGUUCUUUUUGAUCAACAUAAAUAAUAAAUGGAUACCAGACAGAAAUAAACUUAUCAGUCUGCGAAACUCCACAAACAUCACCCGCGUGGAACACCUCCCUUACCCAGCCAACGAAGACCAAACUAGCUUCCCGCUAACAGGUGACAACAGCUCCUCGCUUUAGGCGCGACUCUCCCUGCAGUGGGCGCCUUUAAAACCACAUGCAGCGUCGUCUGAAUUGCCCGGAAAGCCGUGUGAUGAGGGGCGAGCAAUUACGUGUCGCGCGGAGGGAAAGGGGAUCAGUCUGUCGCGGAAACACAGCGCUGGCCGGUUGUCGCAGCGCCUGCUUGCACUCCCUAGCCGCUUAUCCGCGGCCGUUCCACGUGACCCCAGCGCCGGCUGGGCUUUGGCGUCGCACCCUUCGCGGCUCUUCCUCUCCAUGAGUCCCGCGCCCCUUACUGAGUACGUAGAAGCGGGUAGAGCUGGAGGAGGUGCCGGCGGCUUCCAGCCCCGGCGUCCCUGCACCAUGGCCCUGAGGUACCUGGGCAAAGGAAAGACGCUAGUGACCAGAAGUAUGAUGACUCAGCCGGAUUCAGACUUUAAGGAAGAGGAGUCCCUAAAGGAGGAUUUGAAGUUCUACUUCAUGAAUCCAUGUGAAAAAUACAGAGCUAGACGUCAAAUACCAUGGAAACUGGGGCUUCAGAUUUUGAAGAUAGUUAUGGUUACCACCCAGCUCAUCCUUUUUGGUCUGCGUAAUCAGUUGGUGGUUUCUUUCAAAGAGGAGAACACUAUGGCAUUCAAGCACCUAUUUCUGAAGAAUUACUCUGGUGUUGAUGAAGAUGACUACAGCUGCAGUGUAUACACACAGCAAGAUGUUUAUGACAGUAUAUUCUUUGCAAUUAAUCAGUACCGACAACUGAAGAAUAUUUCCCUGGGUACACUUGGUUAUGAGCAAGAUGAAGAUGACCUGGCAGGCUUACAGAUAUGUAAACAGCAAUACAGGAAAGGCACGAUGCUUUCUUCCAAUGAUACACUGCACAUAGACAGCACUAUUGAAACAGAAUGCGUUCUUCUAGAACCACAGGUACUGGCUGCUAAGGAAAUAAAUGACUUGAAGAAUUCAUCUUUUUUCAACCUUGAGUUUUAUAGGCUCGUACAGGUGGAAAUCUCAUUUAAACUAAAGGGCAUUGAUCUACAAACCAUUCAUGCUCGUGAACUGCCUGACUGUUAUGAAUUUGAGAAUACUAUUACUUUUAACAAUAAAGCCCACAGUGGUAAAAUGAAAAUAUUUUUUGAUACUGAUGCUGAUAUUCAAGAAUGUAAAGACUGGAACAUAUCUGGCUCUAUUCAGAAAAACACACAAUAUAUUUUGGUUUUUGAUGGGUUCGUCAUUGUGAGUUGUUUUGCUUCCCUUAUCCUGUGCACACGAUCCAUUAUUCUUGCUCUAAAACUGCAAAAAAGAUUUGUGAAUUUCUUCCUGGAGAAAUAUAAACGCCAUGUGUGCAGCGCAGACCGCCUGGAGUUCAUAAAUGGGUGGUAUGUCCUGGUGAUUAUCAGUGAUAUGAUGACUAUCAUAGGCUCUAUAAUGAAAAUGGAAAUAAAAGCCAAGAAUCUUACAAGCUAUGAUGUUUGCAGUAUUUUGCUUGGUACAUCUACUUUAUUUGUUUGGGUUGGAGUCAUUCGGUACUUAGGCUACUUCCAGACCUAUAACGUGCUCAUUUUAACAAUGCAAGCAUCAUUGCCCAAAGUUCUAAGAUUCUGUUGCUGUGCUGGGAUGAUAUACCUUGGAUAUACUUUCUGUGGCUGGAUUGUUCUAGGACCAUAUCAUGAAAAGUUUGAAGAUCUGAACACGGUAGCUGAGUGUUUAUUUUCUUUGGUCAACGGUGAUGACAUGUUUGCUACGUUUGCUCAAAUCCAGCAGAAAAGUACUUUAGUGUGGCUCUUCAGUCGACUGUACUUGUAUUCCUUCAUUAGCCUCUUCAUAUAUAUGAUCCUCAGCCUUUUUAUUGCCCUUAUUACAGAUGCAUAUGAUACCAUAAAGAAAUACCAACAGAUUGGUUUCCCAGUUACAGAUCUUCAUGAAUUUCUAAAAGAAUGCAGCAAUGAAGAGUUUAGCAUAGGACGGCAAACAUCCAUGAGUUUCUCUUGCUGUAGGAGACGGAAAAGCGAUGACAACUUGAUACUUAUUAACUGAAGAUGGGUGGUGCUGGCAUAAAUUAUUGCAUAUGAGGAGCUAAAGCCGAGCCCCUUGAACUGCAGUGACACAUGCCAUGUGCUUCUUUUCUCUACAAACCAAUGACUCUAACUUCAUAGAGAGAAGUAGUGAUGUCGUCCUGCAGUGCAGUGUUGGAAGCUCAAAAAAACUGUACAUACUGAGCUAGCGUCGUAUGAACAGCUGAUGGCCAUUUCUACUUUGGUUUCAGUAAGCACGUUUUGCAAGUUAUGGUCAAUGAACUUCUGAGCACUGGUUAUCGUUUGGUCAUCCCUCGAUUGCAACCUGCUUUCUAGGUAUUUUUAUAUCAAAACAUUCCAAUGAAAUUCACUUCUUAAAGAACACAGAAUAUUGCAAUUUCUUGGUGACAGUACCUUUUUGGAAAUUCAUUUCAAGGCUGCUUCUUGGAACUAAAAGGUUGUCCCUUUAAAUCUUUGCAAAAUUCAGCACUGUACAUGAUGCUUGCUUUUUUUCUUUCUCUUCUGGAUUUUGUUUCAUUAGCUUGAUUUAAAGCUGUCCAGCCAUUUAAAGUUCACUUGGCUAUGUAUGCACUUUGCCUUUAAAACAAACAAACGUUAAUCAGUGUUGUUGUGUGUGUUACCCCAUUGUCCUCUUCAAUCUAAUUGAGGCUACAAUCCUAUGCCCACCUAAUUCCAUGGGAUUUAAUGCCAACAGGUUUUAUUUUUCAGUAAACAUGCACAGGAUGGUGCUGUCAUUGUCUGUCUAUCUGGCAACUUCAUAUCACUUUACCUUGGAAAUGACACUAUUGCUCACUCCUUAAAUGGCAAUAUGGUAGGAAAAUUUAAUUUUAAAAUAUAGCCACCCAUGGUUUAUAUCAGACUGGCCUCCCAAAUUGGGAAAUAGGUCAGCUCAUUUUUAAGCCAAGUGGAACCCUUCCCCCCUCCUCAUAUAAUGGUUUUGCCUGGCCAGGAAAUGAAAGCCAUGAUAUUGGGAGGCAUGAUAUCUUCAUUAGCUCCAAAGCAGGAAAGUGGUUGCACCCCCUAAAACCCUUGGGGUGAGAGUCUAGGGGGAUUUGUAUCAUAUCAGGCUUCCAGCCUCUCUACUUAUGUUCCUUUCCUCUCACUGCUUGCACCCACCAGUCAUAGGGUAUAAAGUGGUGGUGCAGGGUUGGUGAGGAAAGGGGAGAGUUUGGGGCUAGGGAAGAAGUGGGAAAGCUAGGAAUUUAUCUUGAGCAUGGACUUUAAGACAGUUAUGAACCCCCCCAGGUUGGUAUCAGAGCCCAAGUCUUGGCUGGCAUAUCUUGUGUAUGUGUAAUAGAAGCUAUGGCAAGUCAAGGCAGGUGCACUGAUUUUUAGCAGUAAAUUCAAAAGAGAUCAUUGACUGUGCAGGCUACAGCCUGUACCGUAAGAAGGAAGGGAGGCAAGCAAACCAGCCAAACCAGGUUCUCCUCAUCCAUUUGGUGGCAGCAGUGAUGUUUUUUCUUUUCCCUAGUCUGCCUCCAUUAAGCAGCCCUUUGCAUUAUAAUUAGGUAGGGUGGUAUGGCAGUUCAGCAUGAGGGUUAAUAACAGGGUCUUGUGACCAUGUUUUUACUAAGUUUUAAUAAGGAAACAAGUUCAAGAACUUUCUAGGAAAUGAUUUUAGGGGGGGGAAAUGUAGUUUUUCAGUUCAUGUAGUAAGCUGUAAGAGCAAAUAAAAAUAGACUCCUAUCCAGUUAGGCCUAUUUUAGAUUGUUUCCUUAGCUAAACCAAUACUUUUUAAUUUAGCAUCCCUCAGUUCAAGUUCAGCUUCUGUGUCCUCCUUUCGUCUCCUUUCCACCACAGUGUAUCAGCCAUGUUCUUUAACACUUUCCAAUGUUUCAGCUCUCUUGCAAUUUAACUCUACAGCUUAACUUUUCAACAUAACUUUUACAAGUUUUUUCACUUCCCUUUCCAAUCUUCUAGCCAAUCGGAAGAAGAGAGUUCUGAUUAAGUUUCUGUUUCUAAGUUGCCAAUUCCUAGGCUGAACCUUUGAACCCUGGUGUACUUUUCACCUUCCUGAGCAAAACGCCCUGUAAACAUUUGCCCCUUCUGUGCAGUAUCUCCCCUUGUACAGAAGAACCUGCACUCUGAAAACCAAAAGCAACCAUUUUACAACCCAAAUCUUACAACCCCAAACCAAAGUGGUUGAAAGUUCUAUUCCUUCACAAGAUUGUGUUUAUGUAUAAUGCAAUAGAUUGAAUUCUUCAACCAUUGUAAAUACAGUACCUAUUUCAAAACAUAGUGAAGUCAAUUCCUUAAGCCACUUGAUUUAAACCUUUAUAUAGCAACCCAUGCAAGCUGUGUGACAAACCUGCUUUUGAAACUAAGGGUCAUUUCAAAAGAAGUUGGCGAUAUUUCAUGGGCGUCAGUUAAUUGAGCCAAAUGAUACCAGUUCGGGUGGAAGCUCCCUCUAUGAACCCAAGCAACUCUUCAGAGUCCAGGAAGAUUGUCAUGCAAAAGUUACUGUCGGUUGGACAAAUGCUGUUAAAGUCAUUUAAUGUUGGCAUUUGUCCAACAAAUCCUGAUUACAUAACUACCCUGACCCCAUACAUUCUAGUGAAUGGCAUUUACUUGCAUGAACUUUUAUUGACUGAUUAGUUUUUACUAUUUUUUAUCAAUGUUUUUCUCAACUGUUCCAAAAUUGACAGUAAAAAAUAAACAACGAAUGCUAGGAAAUACAAGGAUCUUCCCAGGAUCAUCAAAUAAAACCUGUUGUUCUUGAA